CCGAACGAAAAUAAUUUUCGAUCCCUCUGCUUUCCCUCUCUCUUUUCGCUUUCAUUGGAGGGAAAAACCUCCAAACUUCCAAAAUCCAAACCUCUGUUUUGCUCUCUGCUUAAACCAGACUAGGGUUACUUCUGAUUGCUCGAGCUUCAGCUCGAUCUCUCCUUCAAUGUCUUCUUUGAACUAAUAUUCUCCUUCUUUUUCCUCGGUCUGAUUUCAGUCAAAGUAAGCAAGCUGCUUCCCCCGCUUUCUGAUCUUCUUCUUGGUUCAGUUUUUGCCUCAGUGGGCACUCAUAUCGAGUGACUUCUUGAGAUUGGAACUUCUUCCCAUCAAUUUGAAAAAUGCAGACAAAGAAAAAAUGUCAUGGGAGAAAUGCUGCUCGAGAGCUUGUCAGUCCCAAAGUCUUACGAUCUCAAAGAAAAUAUUCUGAAACGUUACAAGUUGUAGAAAAGAAUAUAACUGAAUUAAUAACAUCCUCUGCUAGAAAACGUACUGUUGGUGGUUUUCCAUCAAAAAAGAAUGAAGAAGAUGUUCUAACAGAUCUAAACAUUAAAUAUGAUUUUCUACGCAAUGAGACAUCUGGUGCUUGUUUGGACCAUGAUGCAACUGAUGGUGCUACCUUGGGCUUCAAGGCUUAUGACGAUGACAUUGAUAACUCGGCAUCGGAAACCAUAUUUUCUCCUUCAUUUCAUGUAUCUGCUCAUGCUGGAGGAGAAGAUCACAAUGGAGUUGAGUUUAUCAAAUUCUUUCAAAGUGGAGAUCAAGUGUUCCAUUCUGAUAGCAAACUAGAUAACUCAGAAUAUAUUGUUCAUGGUGAUCAAGAUAAGAAUUACAAUCUAGGGGAUGCUAGUCUAUCAUCUGAAGUAUCAGCUAUAUAUCUUGCCAUGAAGAACUCUAAGCUGGAGUGUGUCGAUGAGCAUGCCCAUGAUACUAUAGCAGCUGAAAUUCAUGUGCAGGAUGAUGAAUAUGAAGAAAUAGAUGAUUUCGAUCCUUAUUUCUUCAUCAAGAAUCUACCUGCUUUAUCAGCAGUUGUCCCAACUUAUCGACCCAUGCUACUACCAAAACAGACUCGGAGUUGUCCUCCCACGACUCUUGUUUUGGACUUGGAUGAAACUUUGGUGCAUUCUACACUCGAGCCAUGUGUUGAUGCUGAUUUUACAUUUCCUGUAAAUUUCAACCUCCAGGAGCAUACAGUUUAUGUUCGAUGCCGACCUUAUCUCAGAGAUUUCAUGGAAGCGGUUGCCCGACGUUUUGAGAUUAUCAUAUUUACAGCUAGUCAGAGUAUUUAUGCAGAGCAGCUCUUGAAUGUUCUCGAUCCAAAGAGGAAAAUAUUUCGGCAUCGUGUUUUCCGCGAAUCGUGUGUUUUUGUGGAUGGAAACUAUCUCAAAGAUUUAUCCAUUCUUGGGCGUGAUUUGGCACGUGUUAUUAUCGUUGAUAAUUCUCCACAGGCAUUUGGGUUCCAAGUGGACAAUGGAAUACCAAUAGAGAGCUGGUUUGAUGAUCGCUCAGAUAAAGAGUUGCUUUCAUUACUUCCAUUUUUGGAAACAUUGGUGGGAGUUGAAGACGUCAGACCACUUAUUGCUAAAAAGUUCAACCUUAGACAGAAAAUAGCAGCUGCUGUUUAUCCUUCACUGAAUUCAAAUAGAGACCCCUUUGAAAGGCAAGCCUCUAAUAUGUAUUAAGAUUUUGUGAAGGUUGUGGAAUAAGAACUAACAAUAUUCUCCCUAUUUAACUCAUUUGCUUUCUUCUUAGUAUUUUUAGAUUUAUUUUUUCCCCAAUCGCCAAGAAAAAAAAAAGGGUUCUUAGGUUAUUUGGAUUAAUGAGGAAAGAAAAGGAAUUCAUAAUAUUAGGUGUCAGUAUUUGAUUUGUGAGAGAUAAUGCAUAUUCCUAUAAAUUCAUGGAUUGAAGAA